AUGUGGAGUGAGUGAGGAGGAGUUUGGGACCAGGCCCGUGUGUGUGUGGAUGAUACUGCAGAGUUUAUACCGUCCACACACACACACACACACACACACACUGAGGCGGAAAUCAUCAGAAACGGACUGAGCAGUGAGUGUGUGUGUGUUCAUCAUGAGCUCGUAUUUUGAUGAACAUGACUGUGAGCCCACAGACCCUGAGGAGCAAUACAGACAAAACGCCCUGCUGGAACUGGCCAGGUCCCUGAUGCAGGGUUUGGACGUGGACUUCGGCUCUCUGGAUGUUUCGGAGUGGGAUCAGCGUCUCCCUCCUCCUGCGGCCAAGAGGGAGGUGCAGAAUCUUCCUCUGGUCGUCAUCUCGCCACAGCAAGCAGAUAAAGGGCUGAAGUGUCCUGUGUGUCUUCUGGAGUUCGAGGAGCAGGAGACGGUGCGAGAGAUGCCCUGUAAACAUCUGUUCCACUCCAGCUGCAUCCUGCCCUGGCUGGGAAAGACUAACUCGUGUCCUCUGUGUCGACAUGAGCUUCCCACCGAUAGCCCUGACUAUGAAGAGUUCAAAAAGGACAAGGAUCGGAGAAGGCAGAGAGAACACCGUCUGGGGGAUCUACAUGGAGCCAUGUACACUUGACACACAUCCCUCACACACACACACAAACAGUUUAAACACAGGGUUUUAGUGUUGGCAUGUGGCUCUGACAAGCUGCUGUCUCUCAGAUGCAAGUGAGUUGGACCAAAUUUAUUUCUAUAUAAUUCUUAUAUAAAAUAGAAACGAUGCUCAGUGUCCUGUAGUCCAUAAAAAUCACGUUCUUUCCAAACAAAAAAAAAGUGCAUAGUCGUCAUGGUUACUUCAUAAUCCGGAUAUUUUUUUGUAACAUCGGAGAUAAAAAAGAAAAUGUAAUAACGUGGCUAUAUUUCAUGUCGUCUGGAUUUUUGGGGAAACGGAAAUGAUAUCUCUACAGCACACAUUUAUCAUUUAUAAAUACAUUUUCAAAAAACUAAUAAAAUAUUAUUUUAUGGAA